AUGGCCAACCCCAUGAACAUUCAGGGCCCUGCGGGGAUUUUUGAGCCUCACCGGUUUUUACCGCCGCUUUAUCAAAGGAAACUGAAGGACACUGUGAGUUCGGUGCCAACUCUGCAACUUCCGAAUUUCUCAGUGUCGUUCAUGGCUGAGUCUGAUGCGUCGGGAACAUGGAUGGGAGUUGUCCUAUCUCAACUAGGUCAUCCUAUUGCAUUUUUUAGCAAGCAAUUUUGUCCAAGGCUUCGUCUAGCAUUUGCGUAUGUUCGCAAAUUGGUAGCAAUUAUGACCGCCAUCAAGAAAUGGAAUCACAUUUGGUUGCCCAAUGACCUCAACCUUAUCCCAUCAUUGUUGACGAAGUUCCGUACUUCACCAACGGGAGGGCACAUGGUAAUCAAGAAAACUCUAGCGCGUUUGGGGGAAAACUUUGUCUGGGACUACUGUGUCCUUUACCAGCCCCGGUUUUCGAAAGUCAUUCACUUAGGCAUGCUAACUUCGAACUUUACGACACAGACUGUUGCCUUAUUGUUCAUGGAUAUGGUGGGCAAAAUUCAUGGUAUGCCUCGAAGUCUCGUGUCCGAUAGAGACCCAUUAUUUGUGAGUAAGUUUUGGCAAGAGCUCUUUCGAUUGCGUGGAACGAAAUUGCAAAUGAGUUCUGCCUAUCACCCUCAAUCAGAUGGACAAAUCAAGGUCAUCAACAGAGUUGUCGAAUAA